AUGUCCAUGCAAGUAAAAAAGGAGGGAGUGUCCUUCAUCUUUAACCUCAUCUCUGGCAGCUUUCAGUUCGUGUUUGAUUUUAUCCGGAGGCUCUUUCAUUCAGCUAAUUUAAUUCUAAUUUCUAUCUCUUUUCAGAUUAUUAGUCAUGACACGAGAAAGUUUCGCUUUGCUUUAAAAUCACCGGAUCAUGUUCUUGGACUUCCUAUCGGACAACACAUUUACUUGUCUGCCAGAAUUGAUGGCAACCUUGUGGUGAGGCCUUACACCCCUGUGUCUAGUGAUGAUGACAAGGGCUUUGUUGAUCUGGUUGUGAAGAUAUACUACAAAAAUGUCCAUCCUAAGUUUCCUGAGGGUGGGAAGAUGUCCCAAUACUUGGAGAGCCUUCGUAUUGGUGACACAAUUGAUUUCAGGGGACCAAGUGGACUGCUGGUUUACAAAGGCAAAGGAUCAUUUGCAAUCAGGCCUGAUAAGAAAUCAAACCCUGUGAUUAAAACUGCAAAACAUCUUGGCAUGAUCGCUGGAGGAACAGGCAUUACACCUAUGCUCCAGAUAAUCCAAGCAAUCAUGAAAGAUCCAAAGGAUGAGACCAUGUGUUACUUACUUUUUGCAAACCAGACCGAAAAAGACAUUCUCCUACGUCCUGAGUUAGAGGAGAUCAUGGCCAAUCACCCGACACGCUUUAAGCUGUGGUUCACUGUUGACAGGGCUCCAGAUGGUUGGGAGUACAGCCAAGGCUUCAUCAAUGAGGACAUGGUGAAGAACCACCUUCCUCCACCUGCAGAUGACACACUCAUCCUCAUGUGCGGACCUCCUCCCAUGAUUCAGUUCGCCUGCAACCCCAGCCUGGACAAGGUGGGCCACUCCAAUGACAGGCGCUUCACCUUCUAGAAGGACGUCACCUGAAAUGUCAAAAUUAUAACCGUGCUACCACCUGCAAGAUGCUCUCAUAUAUUCCACAUGCACACUAAAUGAAAAAGAUCUACAAUAAUGCAAAAGAAUCCCUUUACCUUUAUAUCAAAAUGUACCAACUGUUUUCCUGAGAAAGCUUUGCAUGCAAGAUGUACCUGCCAAUCAAGUCAUUUGUUGGAAAUCUUGUUUUGUGUGUUCUAUGCCUUAAAUGCAAACACAAAGUGUUGCUUUUAUUUUAGCAGAUGCUAGCUGAUAUUGGAAUGGAGUCAUUUAGCAUGUCAAGAUUUUUCAGUUUGAAUUUUGCUUAAUUUAUGUAUCUUUUACACUCCAACAUAUAUUAGUGAUGGAUAAUACUUUACAAUAAUAGUGUCCAUGUUACACAUCAUUCUUACAUUGGCAGAAACAAUAAGUUGUUAUUCUAAGUAAGUACAAGGUUCAUGUACAUUAGUUGUACGCUAUAUAUAUUAACGUAAUCCUUCUGUAACAUGGAUGCUGAAGUGUGGCCUGGUGUUGCUCAGUGUACACCGUUCAUUCAUACGAAUUGGACUGAUUCAAUCAGUUCUGCAUUGAUUCUGGUUCAGUACUCAGUACUGCAUAUAAGUUUGUCUCUCUCACCUGAUUCAACGCUGCUUAAGUUGCAUGAACUCAGCGGAGUGUGUCCGAUUAGAGAGAAAAACUAAAAGUGCAGGACCAGGAUUAAGAAGAACCAGAAAGUUGUCAUUGUUAUAAGUAGCCAUGACAAACAAAUUAACCAACAAAUCAAGCAAUUUUCAAUCACUCCAUUAUUAAGUGCCUUUCUGUAAACUUUUUAUGUUGCAUUGUUGAUUUGAUUCAGUUUUAAGUGCAUGUUUCCAUAAAGUAAAUGCUGUAUUUAAAGAGUGAAAAUAUAUGGUUUGAACUGUUUGCAGCUCAUAUAACUUGUCUACAUAGCCACAAAAAAGAAGAGAGAAGCAUUUCUGCAAUAAUUUUGCAUUGCUCAAAGAUAUUUUCUUUGA